CUUACUCACGAGGAAGAAGCGAGCCAGGCCGCAUGGUUUGCAUCCCGGCCCGCAGCGACGGGAGUCUCCACGUGGGGCAGGCGAGGGGCUCGCCAGUUUGCAGAAGAGGAGGAGGACGGCCCAAGUCUGUCCACGCCGCCUCCUCGCUCCUUUGCCCCGGAAGGAGAGGACUGCACGUGGCGCGGCCGCUCCGGAGUGACUCCGGCGCCCGCUCCCAGUCCCCACGUGCGCCCCCAGCCCGGCUGCUGCGCCUGCUUGCAGGAUGGCCGCGGACGUCGGGAGCCCCGGGGGGACCCCGCGCCAGGACCGGCGCUUCCUGGACUUCUUCUGGGACAUCGCCAAGCCGGAGCAGGACACCCGCCUGCGGGCCACCGAGGAGCUCCUGGGCUACCUGCGGGAGAGCCAGCAGGACGAUGAGCUGUUGAAAUACACACUAAAACGCCUGAUUGAUGGAUUGGCGGCGACGCGCGAAGCAGCUCGUCCGGGAUUCAGUUUGGCACUGGCUCAGCUGUUGCAAGUUUUUGAGGAGAUCUCACUCUUCACGGUCCUGGAGCAGAUCAAAGAAAAACACAACCUUGGCAGGGUGAAGAAGAAACUCUUCAGGAACACUCUCUUUGGAAACUUCUUUGGCGUGCUGGCUCUAUUCCAAUCUGGACGCCUCGCAACGGAUUCAAAGGCGCUACUUGGGGGCGUCCAGCUCCUUCAGAGACUUUCGGAGCACCACGCUCACCUCAAAGACCUGCCCAGGAAGACGUUGGCCGACAUCGUCUCUGAGAUCCCAGAAGCCGUCUUUGAGGAAGUCCUUUAUAGUGUCCUGGAGGAUGAUCUCACUUCCGCCUUAAGCACCCCAGGACAGCUCUACCUCUUGCUGGUUGGCAUCCAGAAGUUCCCCGGAGUCCUCUGGCCCAAAAAAUUGAAGAAACUCUUGGGUACCUCCACUGUUGUCACAGCAGAAAACAUUCCCAGGCUCGUUGAGGUUUUGAAAAUGGUGGCGAAGUCUGAGAAGAAGGAUCGAACUCUACCAACCGUUGCGCUGGACCUGUUGAAGGUCGCCUUGAGUGAAGGAGCCUUUGAACUCUUCUGGAAGGAAGCUGUCGAAAACGGGCUGCUGAAGGAUCACGUCGGGCCCUGCAGCUACAUGUGUUACCGGCUGCUAGGAAGCGCUCUUCCGCUCCUGUCUCUUCGCCAGCUCAAGGUGGUUCUCCGCGGGGAGGUAAUGCGCCAGUAUGGGACUCACGUGGUGUCGACUCAGCUGCCCGCUCGGUUCAAGUUCGCCCGCGAGAUGGAGGCCUACGUUGGCUCGUUCCUGGAGGGCUGUGACGACCCCGAGAAGCAGCUGGCCGUGAUGGUUGGCUUCUCCACCCUGACCAACCAAGGUUAUCCGGUGGUGCCCACCUUUUGGAAAGUGGUGUGCCACUUGCGGCCGGCCGCGCUGCUGAAAUACAUCGCCUGGCUCAAGGAAAUGUUCCUCAGCCCGGACCUGGAUGCCUGCGUGGACUUUGCCACCAAGCGGCAGCAGCAAACUGAGAAGAAAACUGGCUGCACAAAGCUUGAACACAGCGUGAUGCGGCUGCGGAAAUGGAUUGUGGCCCGUCUGGUGGGGAUAGCUGAAAACCCGCAGAUCAAGAGGGAAGAAGAGUUUGUGACUGACAUUGCCAGGUUUUGCUUCUUUCACGCUUUUUUUGAGACAAAGAAACCGACCUCUGAGAUAUCCGAGACGGAAGCGCUCCCGUCGGUGCCUUUGAACGAGCCGACUCGCAUCGUGACCGCAAAUUCAUUUUUCAGUUUGCUCCAGGCCUUAAACUCGAUGCCUGCCUUGGGGGAAUCGGCGGAAGCCGAAGAACGGCGGAAGAAACACCUCCACGGCUUGACUGCCGACGGGCACCCCUGGAUCUUUGCCCUCGUCCAGUACGCCAACGCCCUCCUCUCGCACCGGAAACACGUCAAGUUGGCCGUACCCUUCAGUAAAGAGGAACAAGCCGCGUGGGAAGAAAUGCUGCAGACGGUGGAAGAUCUGCGGAAGAAAGAGCAGAAAAGCGACGCCCUCAAGACCUCUGCCUUCCAGCACCUUCUGCUCUUGGUUGGGAUCCACCUCUUCAAGUCACCAGCAGAGUGCGUAAAUCUCCUGAGCGACCUCCAGAGCUGCACCCACAGGGCCUUUGGCGAGAAACCCAUGAAGAAGAAGAAGAAGAAGAAGAAGAAGGCGGCUGGUGGCGAAGAAGAGCCGGACUGGGUUGAUGUGAUUGUAGAGGUCCUCCUCUCCCUUCUUGCUCAGUCCAGCGGGCUGAUACGCCGCGUUUGUUGAAGCGUGUUUGGGCUCGUGUGUCGGCACAUGACCAAGGGGGCUCUGCAGCUCAUCCUGGAUGUUCUUGACCCACAGCAAGACCAGGAUGAAGAAAGCGCCAUUGUUGUAACGGAAGAAACUCAAAAGAAGACAUCUUUGCCGAAAGCCAAGAAGAAAGAUGAUGGCUGUGAAGAGAACUCCUCUAAUGAGGACAGCUCUGAAGAAGACGAGGAAAGUGACGAUGAGGAAAUGGAGGAUCCGGAGUCGGAUGGCGAAGACGAGGAUGCCGGCGAAGAGACGGACGAACUCUUCCGUGCCAUGCUGAGGAACGUCUUGCAGGCCGGGAAUGCUCUGGGCGGAGACGACAGCGACGAGGACGUUGACGACGACACCAUGCUGUCCCUGGACGAGAACCUGUCGGCUCUCUUUGCCGAGCAGCAGAAGCGGCUCCAGGCCAAGAAGGACGAGCGGGAGAAGAUGCGGAAGGAGAAAAUCCUGCGGAGGGAAUUCAAAAUCAAGGUUCUGGAUCUAGUUGAAGUGUUCUUGGCGAAGCAGCCAGAGAACCCCUUGGUCUUUGACUUCAUCAACCCGCUGCUCUCAGUGAUUGAACGGAGUAUGAGUUCGGAGUCGGAUAAGCAGGAGCAGGAUUAUCUCCAGAAGACGGCGGAUAUCUUCACGAACCAGUUAUGCAGAUCCAAGCAGUACUGCAAAAAUACAGCCCCCAUCCGGGAGGAGUUACACGCCCAGCUGGAAAGCCUUGUGAGAAGAGCCUGCAAGCAGAGUGACUCUUCAGUAGCCCUCUACUGCUUCAGCGCGUCUUUGUACCUCUUCCGAGUCUUGAGGGGCAACGCAGCCAGUGAACCGACCCCACAGUCUGCUCAGCUGGAGAAGAAGUGGAAGGAUAGCAAUGGGAACAGCAAGCAGUCCAGUCCGCCUCUUGCCCUUGGCAGCCUGGACUUGAAGCGAGUGUCCUCUGUGUACGGGGAGGCGUUGACCUUGUUCUUGAAGAAACGCAAGAGCCCGCUGACGGCCUCCAUGUUCCUUGAUCUCUUUGAACGCCAUCCGUUUAUGUGCAAGGAACUCAUCAACACAGUUGUCAGGUCAAUCACAGAGGGAGCUAGACAGCACCAACAGGCGCAGGCCUGCCUGCUCCUUCACAAAGCUCUACAAACCCGGGAUUUCAGGCUCUCGCUGCCCAAAAAGGAGUGGGAGGAACUGAUGAGAGAGAGCACCAAUCAGGUCACAGCGACUUUGAAGACAGUGAGCGAGUUCAAGGUCAAAGUGGAUCAGGAGAAGGUCAUCAAGUGUCUGGAGCUGCUGAACUUCCUCGUCAGGACGGUGACCCAGCAGAAACUGAGUGUGGAUUUGGAAGAGCUGGGCGGCGUGCUGCAGGCCCUGGGCCAACAGGACGGCUUCAAGAAAUCCACACGGCUUGAUGAUCUCUACUGGAACGUCAUGAAACUCCUGGGAUUCACGCGGCCUGCAAAGCCGAAAGCGCCAGCACGGCCAGAGAAACCAACCGAAGCAGAGCACCCGAAGCGGAAGAAAAAGGGCUUCCUUCCAGCCACCAAGAAACGCAAGAACCGGAAAAAGCUUUCUGAGCAGCCCCAGCAGAAUGGCGCUGAGAGCAGUGGCAAAGAGGCUGUGGCAGCCGGAGCAGACGCUGCCCCUGCGGGGAAGAAGAGGAAAAGGAAGAGGAAGAAGAACCAAGCGGGAGGCGGGGACCAGGGCCAACAUCGGAACAGGGCGCAGCAGGCAAGAAGCCGAAGUUGCCAGAAGGAGGCGCCAAAGAGACUGAGGCAACGCAGAGCCUCUUGAAGGCGAGGAAGAGGAAGAAAAAAGCACUCGCUCCAUCUGAGAAGAGCAGGACUGACUAAGAAUUUUGGGAAGGGAGCUGCCGUUAGAAAUGUAUAGAGAUAAUAUUUUACACCCUUUAAUGGUUUUAAUAAAUCAUCCGUGUUGCUGGA